AUGAAGACAGUCGCCUGCAUUUGUAUACUGCUCCUUGGUUCGACACAAGCCCAACAGCAUUUCGACCUCGUCAGGCGGGCAAGGCCGCAUCCCACCGCGCGCAAUCAUCCCUCACUGCAAGCGUGGGCAACACGGGCGGGUGACCAUCUAGCUGCGAAGUAUGGCCAUACAAAGGCUAUACUGCCUGGACAGCGUAGCAAGCGGCGUCGCGCAGCCUCGGAGCCGCUCAUCAAUGUAUGGAGCGACAGUGAAUACGUCAGCGCUAUCACCAUAGGCACACCGGGUACAAGCUUCGACCUGGUGAUGGACACGGGCUCGGGAGAUAUGAUCGUUGCAAGCUCGAGCUGCUCCUCGGGAUGCACUAACAUCACGAACAAGUAUGACACCAGCUCAAGCUCUACUUCAGAUUCCACAAGCACUGCCUUUGAAAUCACCUAUGGCUCGGGUUCGGCUAGCGGUACACUCGUCACCGACGUUGUUGCCAUCGGCGGUCUGUCCGUCACUUCCCAGGUCUUUGCCGACUGCGACAAGAUUUCCAACGGACUACUGCAAGGGUCAGUCACCGGUCUCAUGGGCCUCGGCUUCAAAGCGCUGUCGACUUCCGGAGCGACACCUUUCUGGCAGAAUCUUGCAGAUGGUGGCCUACUACCCGCACAAGAAUUUGCCUUCGCUCUCACGCGCUUCGUCAAUGCGACAAAGGCACAGGAAUACGAGCCGGGCGGCAUCAUGACCCUCGGCGGCGUCAACGAUACGCUUUACUCCGGCGACAUUGCAUAUCACUCGCUCAGCGAAAGCGAGAAAUACUGGCAAGUAUCUCUUAGCGGGCUUGCGGUAGGCUCCACUUCGCUAUCCAACUUUUCGACGGCUAGCGUUGCGCUAGACACGGGCACAUCGCUCAUUGGCGCGCCCGACGAUGUAGUAGCGAGCGUUUUUGCUCUGAUACCCGGCUCCAGUCCAGCCACUGACCCUGGAUACGAAGGCUACUAUACUUUCCCUUGCGAUGCGAGCAUCGACUUUAGCGUAACAAUCGACAGCAUACGAUACCCUGUCAGCGAUGCCGACUUCAAUGUCGGUCAGCUUAGUCAGAACAGCUGCCUCGGCGCGCUCUUCGCAUUAUCGACGAGCAGCUCGAGCACAUCACCACAGUACAUUCUUGGCGAUUCAUUUAUCAAGAAUUACUAUACCGUGUUUCGCUACAAGCCCACCGCGUCAAUAGGAUUCGCCACGCUGUCUGCAGAAUCGCUGACGCUGCAGGAUGCCGACAUCGAGGGACUCUUGAAAGCGACCGGCUUGUCAGACUCGACAGGCUCCACUUCUGACGCUGCUAGCCUACUCAGGCCAAUCUGCUCAAUCACCGCAGCGAUUGGCAUCGUCAUGAUCACCAUGUGCAUCAGUCUUAUUGCAACUCUCGCAUGA